AUGCUUCGUCCCACCACAACCACUGAAAUCCCUCCGCCCUCCGCCCCAAAGGACAUCGCUGCUCCCAAACCCCGUUCUUCAUCUCCCAGAACCCGUCGGACCCCGUCCUUCCUCUUCGACUCGCCUCCUUCCGCUCCCUUGGCCCCUACGACCUCAAACGCGACUGCUACUUCUACUUCGAAACCGACUAAAUCCAAAAACAACAAGGAUAACAUUCUUUCAUCUCCUCAAUCACCUAGAAGGUCUUUCUUCCCCUCUCCCUCGAAAUCAAGCUUCAGUAGUGCCAACAGCGGUGGUGGUAGCAGUGGAUUCGCCGGUGGAAUCUUUUCAUUAUCUUCGCUGCUCGCUCGCAUGCCAAGUGCUGCUUCCAUAGUUCCCGUCCUCUCGUCAUCCCACCACCAUAACCACCACCCCGACCUUCCGAACAAUCACUCCUCCCCUGCCUCAAAGACUACCCCUACCACUUCCCAGAGCUCUAGGAAAAUGGCAGGCGGCUCUUCCAAGGAUAAACCAUCCGAACCUUCAAGAAUGACGGCUGCCGAGAAGCAAGAAGCUGUUAGGAAUGCUCAAGCAAUAUUGGCAUCCGUUAGAAAGGACUGGGAAUGGGCCGAGGAAUUAAGAAAGAGUAAGCGACGAAGAAUGGCCGGUGCCACGGCCGGUUCGCCAACCACCAGUUCUAGCUUACCAUCCAUCCAAUCCGAGGAAGAGGAAGAUACCGAAGACGAGGACGAAAGGGAAUACCGGUCGCGUGACGAAUCCGACACAGACGAUGGUAGCAGACAACCAGGUUCUAUGAAAUCCGUAAGGAGCGUUUAUCCCGACGACGAACCUAGAUCCGCCUACCGAUUCCACGACCCAAAUACCAUCGGCGGCUCCAAAGCCACGAAGGAAGAACGAAAAGCCCGUCGCAGGAAGGACCUCGAAGAUGAAAUGAAAUGGAAUGACGGUCUCCGUAUCUGGAUCGAACGUCGAGACCUCUGGACCCAAGCCGAUAAGAACGGCCGUGUCCCGAUAGGAAAAUCCAAAUUUGAAGAUGUCAGUCCUACCACUGCUAAUAUUAACCCAUUGGAUUUGGAUGCAAUCAGAUUUCAAGAUGGCUUUAGCUAUCGUGCUAAAUGGAAGAACGAGCUGCUGACUCUGACUCCUAAUUAUGCGAGGUAUCAGAAUCCGUUUUACGAUGCUAUUAUUCCGGAUGCGUAUCCACAAUUAUACCAAAGGAUUAUCAUUAAGAGUAAUACUCCGACCAUCCCGAUCAACCUACAGCAUAUGACGAACGCAUUAAUAGAAGGAUGGAAAGCAGACGGCCAAUGGCCACCAAAACCAUCCCGUCCGGAAGCCUCAAUCACAAAGAAGAAGACCGUCAGCGUUGGCGAGAGCAUGGUCAAGAGGGUUUUCGGAAUUGGUCGGUGA